GGUGUGCAUUGAGUGGUGUUUGUUCGUAUGGUGUGUACAGACUUGUGACAUUUUCUCAGUUUUUGUGAAAAAAAAGAGUCAUUUCAUCGGUGCCUACAAAGAUUUCUGCUAAAAAAUAAAAAUGGUCAAGCCUAAAGUGAAAUCCAUGGCAGCGUCUAAGCUAUCAUCAAGUGCAGUGAAGAGUAAAGCCACACCAACCUUCAAGAAGUCAAAGAAAUUCACAAAGCGUGUUGGUACGCAAGGACUCAAUGCCCAGAAGAAAUCAACGCAAGCAGUAAAUACUGGAAAGCAACUUCAUACAUUGAGAGAAUCAAAAGAGGGAGAGAAGAGCAUAGCUUCCCCCAAGCUGCCAACCAAGAAGAAGCCAGCAAAUAAAGCUGGUGUCAAGAGGAAGAAAGAUGAUAAUCAGGGUAAGGAAGACAAUCCAAAGCAUCCCAAACUUGAAGAAUUAAGUUUCAAAGAUCGUAAAGCAGUUCGGCGUAACCUGAAGAGCAACCAUGAGCUUACUCAGAGGGCAAAGGUCAUCUGGAAUUCUGUCAGAGAGAAAAAAUGCAGUUCUGAAAAGAGAGUUAAAUUGUUAACAGAGCUAUGUGGUUUGAUCACUGGCAAAGUGUUUGAGCUGUUAUCUGCACAUGAUACAGUGAGAGUUGUUCAGUGUUGUUUGCAGUAUGGAAGUAGCAAGCAAAGACAGGACAUUUUCGAUGAGAUUAAUGAUUCCAGUAAGAUCAUGGAGCUUGCUAAAGGGAAAUACUCCAAGCAUUUUGUGCUGAAGAUGCUGAAAUAUGGCACCAAGGAGCACCGAGCACGGAUAAUGACAUGUCUUCAUGGUCAGGUGUGCAAAUCAGUACGCCACCGAGAAGCUGCAGAGGUCUUAGAAAUGGCAUUCAACAAUUACGCAAAUGCUAUGCAAAGGUCGGCUCUGCUGGAAGAGUUUUAUGGCCCACGCUUUGCGAUAUUCAAGGAAGCUGGUAUUCAUUCCCUUCAAGACAUUCUGAGUCAGCAGCCAGAGACAAGACAAGGAAUAAUGGAGCACAUGCAAAAAACACUCACUCAGGUCAUUGAAAAGUCUGUUGUGAAGCAUUCAAUUGUUCACAAGGUUCUACUGGAUUUCUUGGAACAUGCUCCACUCAAAAUGAAGACUGAAUUGAUCGAAGGAUUAAGAGACACCGUGGUCCAGAUUCUGCACACACACGAUGGUGCAAGAGCAGCUAUGUACUGUCUUUGGCAUGGCACAGCCAAGGACCGAAAGGCCAUAAUAAAGUCCUUCAAGACCUUUGUUUGUAAGAUAAGCAAGGAAGAGUAUGGUCACCAGGUCCUGCUGGCAUUGUUUGACUGUGUGGAUGAUACUGUUCUAGUUCGUAAGGUCAUCAUAGAGGAAAUGAUGAAAUCUGUAGAAGAGUUAGCUGAGGAUCAGUACGGGCGCAAGGUGUUACUUUAUCUUCUUUCACCAAGACAUCCAACCCAUUUUCAUCCCAAGGUGGUAGAGCUAUUACAGAAAGGGGACAGUAACACAACAAGCAAGAAGGACUCAAACGUGAGACAGCAGGAGCUGUUACAAACUGCCUCCAGCUACUUACUUAACUUUGUCAGUGAGAAUGCAAGAGAGAUGGCAAACAGUAAGAGUAAAUGUCUCCUGAUGAUUGCUGUACUGAAUCAUGCUAUAGGUGAUAAGCGAGAAGGAUACCAAGCUAUCUCAUCGCUAGCAGCAGAAGAGUUUAUACCCGCCCUGGGAAGUGACAAUGAGGAACAACUCAAUGAGGUUCAUAUCAUAGAGCACCCUGCAGGUCAUUUGGUGAUAAGAAGACUUCUUCGACAGCAAAAAAAGAUGAUGGAAAACACAAAAGAAAGUGGAGUGAUGUUUUCAGAUGUUCUUCUUGAUACUGUUGAUAGUGUGAAUCUCCAAGCAUGGACUAGAGCGAAUAGAGGAGCAUUAGUCUUGGCCAGCCUUCUAGACUGUGGUAAAGCAGACUGCAGAGAGCGAGUUAUUGCUACAUUGAAGCCCAUCAUCAAUAACCUAUCCAAGAUCAAGACUAAAGGGAUGGAGGUCCUCAAAGAAAAGCUGCUAGAGAAGAGGACUUAAUUGACAAUUUAAGUGCGCCACAUAAAACAAUCUUAAAAUUGAUCUUAAAAUUUGUCAACAUACUUUUAGUGAUUUCUUAUCAAGUUAAAGAUGCUAUGUCAGAUUUUUGGCCGAUUUUUAUUCAAAAUUUUUAUUUAAAAUUCAAUAGGUAUUUUGA